AUGCUGCCGAAUAACGAGGUUCGCGUUCCCCCUCCGCGGGCUGCGCAGUCGGUCCCGCGCGACAUUACCGCCGAGUUCACGGAGGCCGCUUCGAAACUACGCACCGGUCAACUCGUAAAAGAUGAAUACUUCACGCUGUUCGAGAGCGUGGGCGCAUUGGAGAUCAUGGACCCAAAGAUGGACAGCGGAUACAUUGCACCCGGCGAGAGCCACGCGCAGGCUCUAGAGGACGAUUACGACGUGCGACAAGACUUGACACCGGAGCAAGUAGUGGGCUUGAUGGAUCAGCUGUUGUGCCAUGAGAUGGCAUGGCAUAUGGGCCAUCCUCUCUCACAAACCCUCUUUACAUCCAUCUACCUCGACAGACUGCUGUGGCCAGUGCCGAGGACCAUGGAGGAUGCCCGAUUUGACCGAGUACCAAGUGACUCGCCUCUUAUUAGCGUUGUACUCCGGGCCUACUGCCUUGGUUUGAUCAAGGCUUGUGACUUUGUUCAUGCUCGGAUUGUGACCGAGUACUUCUACGAGGAGGAGGACUUCGUCAGUCAAUUAUACAACCGUAACCUGCUGUCUCUAUUCGAUUCAUCAUACUUCUAUCGCCUGCUGGAUCAGGCGGUUGCUUGGGUUGAUGAUGAAAAGGAAAUGGACAAAGAGCUUCGAGACGCAAUUCGAUGCAGGCUACUGUUUCGCCGCGAGUUUCUGUCCGCCUUGGACGGAGACCUCGAGGUCCUUGAUACCAGAUCAACCGACAAUUUCUCAUCAUGCUUGUCCCACCUGGCUGCGUUGACCGAAUCCGUGUCUCUUGGCAAGGAAGUGCCAGAGGCAUUCAGUAUGAAGAUCCAACGAAAACUCGCCAGCACUGUGCCGCCUCGUCCGAUUGUCAAUAUUAGCACCACCGUUGCCCUUGCCCACAUGCAGCGGCUCUGCCAAGAUGCCAUCGAUCUGCAGCAGAUGCUGGACUACACGGGCCCGACCAACUUCAAGACUGCCGUGUGGACCCUGCUGGCCCGAAAGCCCCAGCCCUCGGUCUACAUCCGAUCGUUACUUCAGGCUCUGAUCGUUUGUGAAAUGACCAUACUGGGAGCGGUCUCCGUCCAACAAUUCCUUUAUGACGACCUUGCAGAACUCGUAUUACCCGCGAACUUGUUGCUUGAAGCGAACACCGACGAUGUGGAAUUUCCGACGGACCCUCGGUUUCAGAUUGCCCAACAGAUGAAUGCUUUCGUGAGGCGGUUCGCCCAGCCGUUUGUUGACACAGUACGAUCUGCUUGUCUGAACCGAUGCCGUGUUCGUCGAACGCUUUGCCACACCGUUGAAAAUUGGGACGGCUUGCAAAUGGAGGCCGAGGAUAUUGAUCUCCAAAUUCAGCCUCUGAGCAGAGAGCCAGGCUUGCAAGUCCAGGGCGGAGAGCCUACCUUUUCCUUCCCACUGAGCAGCUGGGCCUAUCACCAGAAACUUACCCAGCUCCGGCAAAUUCUCCAAAUGGGAUUCGAGCUCGCGAUGUAUUCCCCUGAAGAACUUCCCGGCAUGUAUUGGUACCUGUCUCAUAUUUGCUCCGCGCAUCUCGGGCACAUUGAUCGAAUCCGGACAUUCACCGUGGCGGCUCGAAAGCGAGAUCUCGGGAUGACCAACAAUCGCGGGAGCAAUGCCGCCGAGAAAUCCGCCGCUUUCCAUAAAUCAUUCCGAAUUCUGGAGCGACUGACCACACAGCUCAUUGCGGUCGAUGCAUUUGCGAUCGCACUCCACUCCUUGUAUGCUUUACUGGCCCGGCACAAGAUCCUGCCGUCUGCCUCGAGCCCGGAGGCAUACUCCUCCGAUAAACUUCGCUAUGAACUCCGAAUGAAACCGUUCAUCCCGAUCUCUUUGCCCGAGCUGGUUCCCUUCGAGGAGUACCAGCAUGAAGCUACUUUAGAAGGCGACACCGAUGCGACCGUCCUCGAUCGGGCCUCGAAGGCAAUUAUCGAGGCACGCAAAGCGUGGGAAGCGACGCUUGCCCAUGGUGCGUUUAUUGAGGAUCCCUCGGCACCUACCCCAAGACCCCCGACUGCCAUUGAGGAGGACUGGAAGCGUGACAUUAAAGAUACCAUGCGUGCUUGCAUCGGGGCGAGCAUUGCCAUUGAGACGGUGAAAAAGACAAUCACGGGAGACUCUUCGACGGAGAAGCUGCAGGUGACGAUCCCGGAGAUCGGCUCCAAGACUCACUGGCAUGACUGGUGGAUCGUGCCCCAAGUGUUAGAGAAGAAGGAGUGA